GUGUGAAACCGCAUUCGCUGAAUCUUUGCGGGCGCCAUGGUAUGGAGUUUCACCUGCUGCAGACCAGAAAGUAGCGAGCGACUCAUAGAGUUUGCUCAGGCUUUGAGCAAUGUGGAUCAGAACCAUGCAACGUUUCAGGCAUACUAUCCAAUGUACACACUGCCUGUCGACAGCAUAUUGCACAUGGUAUACCCAACUGCCCAUGAGCAGUUGCUGGCAGACAACAGUCUGGUGAUAUUCGAUCAGAGCCUUGGGCAGGCCAUGUUCAUAUCCCAUGAAUGGAGUGGCAGAAGCCACCCGGAUCCAUAUGGUGAACAAGUGCGGGUGCUUCAAGACGCUCUACAUCACAUGCUGUAUGUCGCCGACACGGUCCCCGUGGAAUUUGCCUCCGAACUCAUCUUCGGACAGGACAGAGGAAUGAUGACCAGCGAACUCAAAUCCAGAGAGCUUUUCGUCUGGUUUGAUUUUUUCAGCUGCCCGCAGCUGGAGGGUUCAGUGCAAGGAAUCGAGGAUGUUCAGCAGCAGAACGCCAUCAGAAGUAUCCCUGCCUAUGUGGAGAUGUCUCGAUUUUUUGUCAUCCACUGUCCCUUUGUGCGUCGAGAUGGCUCCGAUCACUUGCUGAAUAAGCACACGUGGGCCAGGAGGGCUUGGUGUCGCUUGGAGCGUUUGGCUAGUCAACUUCAUGCUGGUGAAGACAAAUACAUCAUCGAAGUUCACAGCGCCAAGCACCAAUUCCUCAACAGCCCAUAUGAAUUCUGUCGAGACCCUGUCGGUGAGGGCAAUUUCACCAUCACCAGCGAUCGGGAAGUAGCAGCUGGGGUGCUUCACAGCAUGUUUACGAAGAGGCUACAGUUCCAUCUGAAAAGAAAAGAAUUUCAUAGUUACCGCAUUCUGCUGAACCUGCAGUAUUCCCAGUUCAGAGCUUUGCCAUUGGGACCCAUACAGGAUGUUAUCCCCGGCUUCUGCGAUGGUGACUGUGUGGAUGAGAGGACGUUGGCUUUUCGGAAAUUUAUGUACCAGAAUGGCUUUGAAGACGUGAUCUCUCGCGAUGAAGCAGGGUGGAGCCCCAUUUGCUAUGCAGCUUUACGUGGAGAUCCGGCGAUUCUUCAAGCCUUGAUACAGAGAGGGGCGAGCCCCCAGGACACCACUACCAAAGCGACACCGAAGCUCUUCAUGGUGCCAUACACAUCUUUGCUGGUGAUGUGCAUCUACCUGAAGCACCAUGAGGCAUUGAAAUUCUUGCUGUCCAAUGGUGCAGAUGUCCACUGCACGGACAAUAUGGGCUCUACUGCAAUGCAUUAUGCCUGCGUCAAUCAGAACGCGGAGGCCAUUGACAUAUUGAUUUCCUUCGGUGCGAGCGCAACCACACUGAAUUCCUUUUCCCAUUCACCUCGGAUUUUGUCUGGUGGUGCUGGUGUUGGAUCUGGCGCUCUGGGAGUGAUUGAUCGUGUUCUAACAGAUGCCACGAUUGAGGAAGUGAGUAUCGCCCUGCACAAUGCCAUCAUGUUCGGCGGCGCAUCCGCGGAAGUAGUAUCCGCCUUGAUUGAUCGUGGCGCAGAUGUGAACCAGCCGCUCAAACUUCCCAUGUUCAGUAUGCUUCAACUCGUUUUCGGAUUCUUGGCGCUGAAGAAUCGAUGGAACCGGACUGCCGUCACCUACUUUGCAACUCAGUAUGCGGACGCCAGUCCAUUGAUGUGCUGCAUCCUUUGUGGGGCCUUCGAAGCUGCUGCAGUACUUGUGGCAGCAGGGGCCCGUCUUGAUCAGCAGAAUCAGAAUGGUUUGACGGCGCAGGAUUUGGUGGCGGUGAUCGGGGCGCCUGACUUCAGCGGCAGUCCAAGGCAAUCCUGAUCAAUGCGAGGCCCUUGUGACCAGAUAUUUCGAUACUCAGUCCAUUAAUUUUUGAGCUGACGGCUGUGCAUGGCUGCCCUUUUGGUGAUUGAUGACCUUGGCUCAAAGGCCACGGUUAGUUCCAAGCUCAUUUGGUACCCCUGGUGACCUGGGGUGCACCAGCUCACCUUCAUUCCCAUGAACUGACGGGCCC